AUGGAGCAAAUGGAGAGAUGCGCGGUGCACAUGAGCGAACGCCGGGCCACCGCUACCGUCGCGGGCAGCCAGGCCCAUCAUACGUCCCUGCACAAAGCAGCGAUGGUGGGGAACCGUGAUGGGGUAGCUGCCCUCAUCAAAGGAGGCUGCGCUCUCGACUUGCAAGACAAGGACGGCAACACGGCUCUGCAUGAGGCGGCGUGGCACGGCUUUAGCCCCUGCGUCAAACUAUUGGUGAAGGCCGGAGCAGACGUACACAUCAAAAACAAGGCAGGGAACACAGCGCUGCAUCUGUCCAGUCAGAACGGCCACAACCACAGUGCUCGCUUCCUGCUGCUCGGGGGGUCCCUGCCGGACACCAAGAACCAUGUAGGUGACACAUGUUUGCAUGUUGCCUCUCGCUACAAUCAGUUAGCCAUGAUCAAAGUCCUGCUCAGCACGCUCUGCUCUGUGGCAGAGAAGAAUGAGAGUGGCGAUACAGCACUGCAUGUGGCAGCCGCUCUGAACCACAAGAAGACUGUAAACCUGUUACUAGGAGCCGGGGCGGACAGCUGCAUCAAGAACAAUGCAGGCCAGACUGCGGUGGAUAAAGCCAGAGAGCACAACCACAGAGAGAUGGCCAUGCUGUUGGCUAAAGUGGACCAGGGGCACCGCUUGGCUCGGACGAGGACAGUGGUGAGGAGGAGGGACCAGCUGAAGAUGGCCCGACGAGUGCAGUCUGUCCCCAGGGACGAUGCCCCUGCUGCCAAGGGUGAGGCUGGGUCUGCCAACGAGAAUGAUGACAGCCAUAGCAGUGACCAGGCCCUCAACCAGCGCAUUGAGAUGGUCAGCAAGGCCGCAGCCAGCCCACGCAACCGCAGGAAGCUACGCAGACUCAAAGACAGGGCGGACGCCCACCUGCGAAGGGAAGCGCAAAGGAGGAGAGCCCGCAGUGCCAGCCCAGUGCGGGAGGACGACGUCGCCUUCGCCAAUGGCAGAGCCUAUCAGCUCUACACGCUCUACCGUGACAAAGACGGCAAUGUCAAACAGGCCCCGGCGAGUGACUGUCACUGUAAGCCGCUCAUCAAGAAGCUGGAGAACCAGCUGAAGGCCACCAAGCAGGAGAUGCGGACCCAGAUACAGGACAUCCACCUGGAGAUGAACACCAAGCUGGGACGCCUGGACCGCCAGAGCAAGCACCAGUCCAUAAAAGCGGGCGAUGUGGGCAACUGGCCCUUAUCGAAGAUCCAGGACAUCAAAGUCCACCUCCCCGCCGACCACCAGUACUUUAAGCUCCUCCCCUCUCCCUCGGUGGACCAAUCCCUGAUGGAGGCGGACCCCGAGUGCCUCCCACUCCUGUCGGUGGUGUCUGACGACAGCAUCGGCUCCCUGGCCACGUACGUCAACGUGCUGCCCAGCCCCACCACCCUCUCACCAUUCACUACCACCACAACCGUCGCCUCGGCAACGGCCAGGAUGCACGGCCUUGACGACGUCAUCGGCAGGAAGUACUACGAAGUCAAGCGCGACAAUUCCACAGAAGACCAGCUGUCUGCGUCAGACCUGCGCUCAGCCAUCCCCUCUCUGCACCUUCCCCUGGGCCACAUGCGCCACGGCAGCAAGGUCUUCCCCCGCCCGCGAACCCUCUCUAGCGACGCCCGGUGGCGGCCGGUGGAACUGCACCUGCAGGAGGCUGCGGAGGACUCUCCCACAGAGGCCCAGGCUGGCGGCAGUGGCGCUGCCGGGUCGAGUCGUGGUGGUGGCCGCGGGGUGGACGAGUACCUCCUCAGCACCCCCACUGACAGCCUGUCACCCUCCAGCCGCCCACCAGGGGGCGACAGCGACCUGGACGAGGCCCUGGCACCCAGAGUCAGUGCCGUGGGUGGCAUAAGUGGCAUGGGAGGUGGCGUUGGGGGAGUCAAUAGCAUCUGUGGCGGUGUUGGCAGUGGCAUCGGCGCUGGCAUCGGCAUGGCUGGCGUCAGCGGUGGCCCUGGAAGCGUGGGGGGCGGGGGCGGGGGCGGGGGAGGCGGCGCCGGCGGUGCGGUGAAGCCAAUGGAGUUCUUCGGCGAGCGCCUGGCGGAGAUGUCCUUCAUCCAGGAGCGCGACAACCUGCACGCGGUGGAGGUGACGCAGCGCUUCUUCGAGACGGUGUCCACGCAGCUCGAGCGCUGGUAUGAGCGCAAGAUCCAGGAGGCGCAGAGGCAGGCCGAGCAGCGGGCAAACCUGGACCGGAACAGCCUGAUGGAGCGGAUCAGCAAUCUGGAGGAGGAGCUGCAGAACCUCAGGGCCAACUCACAGUCAUGA